AUGCGUGUGUGUGCACACUACACUAGGGUUUGGAUUCCUGACCCUGAUGAAGUUUGGAAAUCGGUAGAAAUUAUCAAGGAUUACAAAGAGGGAGAUAAAAACCUCCAGCUGAAACUUGAAGAUGAAACUCUCUACGAAUAUCGUCUUGACCUCCAAGGAAAUGAGCUGCCUCUCCUAUGCAAUCCAGAUAUCCUGCUCAGAGAGAAUGACCUGACAGCCCUCAGCUACCUGCACGAGCCUGCAGUCCUGCACAACCUCAAAGUCAGGUUCCUGGAGAGCAACUUUGUCUACACGUACUGCGGUAUCGUGCUUGUGGCCAUCAACCCAUAUGAGGAGCUGCCAAUCUAUGAAGAAGAUGCCAUCUAUGCAUACAGUGGCCAAAACAUGGGGGACAUGGAUCCCCACAUCUUCGCCGUGGCCCAGGAAGCCUAUAGUCAGAUGGUCAGACAUGAGAAGAACCAGUCCAUCAUUGUGAGUGGGGAGUCGGGCGCUGGGAAGACGGUCUCUGCCAAAUACGCCAUGCGCUUCUUCACCACCAUCAGGGGUUCUGCCAGCAAGACCAACAUCGAGGCCAAAGUCCUCGCAUCGAACCCAAUUAUGGAGGUAAAAUCUACCUAAUUUCCUUUACCCUGCUUGCAGUGAUCACUGUGGGACUCCAGAAGACACAAAAGUGGUGAUAACCGCAGGGGCUUGUGAG